GUUGCUGUCUGUCAUCGACCGAGACGUUUUGAUCUCUUAACUAUAGCUUGUUUGCACCCCAUGAUUACCUGAGCUACAGUGGAGAGAGCUUCCUCAUGUAUCCGUCUCCAACCUCGGCCGAUCGGUCGGAGGAUGACGCAACGCCGUUCAAGAAGCGCACCGCGAGAGCUUGCGACUCAUGCUACAAGCGAAAGAUCAAAUGUGAUGCUGCGGUCCCGCAAUGUAACUGGUGCAGCCACCAUAGUAUCCCAUGUACUUUUGAUCGGGUCAUCCGGAGAAAACGAAAAGAUAGGAGUAAUGCAAUCAAUCCGCAAAAGUCGGACCUCUUGGCGGAGCGCAUCGAGAGGAUAGAGAAGCUAUUAACAGACAGCUUCUUGCGAGAAAAUAGCCCUCGUGAAACAGGCCCUCGUGAGCCGCCAGUCAGCUCUGGUCCUAGCGCUUCCCCAUUAUCUUUGUCUACUAGUACACCCUCCCCCGGCAACCCCUCAGUCUCCUCCUCUGUACCUCUUCAUUUCGCUGGACGAGAGUUCGGUGUUGUCAGUCUUAUCACUGGUAUUCCGUUCUUGCUUCCAGAAGGACGACAGUGGGUUGAAUCGCGGACUGGGCAAAAGAUCUCCUUUGAUAAGCUCAGUCCCACCAAGCCACCCUGGGAAAAGCAGCGAGCCCUGAGCUCCAAUGCGCUGCUGACGAACCCCCAAUCCCGCAAUGUCUUCGAGCUGCCGGAUCGCCAGACAGUCGAAGAACGUUUCGACGCAUACCGAUCGUCUCUAAUGCAGCGGGUAUUCCCGGUGCUGCACUGCACAUUGUUCAUCGACACUAUUAAUGCUGCGUAUCAGAGUGCUUACUCGAGUGGUCACUUUGCACCGGCAAGCGUACGGGCCUGUGUGUUCGCUUUUCUUGCUUUCUCGGCCCACAUACAGAAUCCUUGUUUCAAUCCGUCGGGCAAGGAUUUACCAUCUGUUGAUGGAGAGGAGAACAUUAUGAAGGUGCAGCAUCUGUUACCGCAGAUCUUGCAGGAAACGACCUCCAGAGAGGGAUUGGAGGCGAUGACUAUGAUUGCACUCUGUGAGCUAGUAGCCGGAAAUCUGCAAUCGGCUAACUAUUACGGCGCCGUGGCAGCUCGGAUGAUCUUCACACUCGGCUCUCAUGCCAUUCCGUGCCCGCAAACCGGCCUCGAGCAACUGACCGACUACCAAGCUCGCGUACAAUACCAACUGCGAAAUCUAUUCUGGGUGUGCUACACGAUCGAAAAAGACGUCUGCCUCAGGACCGGCCAACCGCAAAUAUUCACCGAGGAGAGCUGCGACCUCACACUACCAUACGGCUACGUUGAAAGGCUCUACAGCAGCAUGGAAUACCAUCAUCGCUCCAUGAAAAUACCCGACAGUCCAGUCUUCCCCGUCGACCUCCGCCUCAGCAUCAUCAAAUCCCGCGCCCACAGCGCCCUCUACUCGUUCCGUUCCCUCAAAAAGACCGACGCCGAGCUCCUCAAGGAAAUCCGCGAGCUGGACGACGAGCUCGAACGCUGGCGCAUGUCCGUCCCGCAAGAGUGGCGACCCACGCUGUCUUUCUCACACGAGACCCCCGACCCAAACGUCAGCAUGCACUCCGUCAUGCUCCGUCUCAACUACCACCUCUGCAUGACCAUCAUCCACCAGGCCAGCAGCCGCUGCAAAGCCUGGGGCAAUCGACAAAGCGGCAUGAUGGACGGCGUUAGUUCUAGUCUGGCAUUGUCCGUCGAAGCGAGUCGGUCGACGCUGCUAUAUCUCGAGGCAGCGGAGCAUGUCCUCGUGGACGGAAUCUUCUGGACUCUAAUCUUCUACCCUAUGUCUGCCGUGCUUGCUAUCUUCUGCAACAUCCUACAAAACCCGUCCGAUCCCCAGGCAACCAAAGAUCUAGGCCUGCUCAAAACCACAACGAGCAUGAUGGAGCGCAUGAUUCUGAAACAGCCGUAUUCGAUCACUGAGAUCGUGCAUGUCAAGCUGGUGGCUGAUUUCGUGAUCGAGCUUUAUCGACUUGCGAAUUGUGCGAUUGAGAAGGCGUGGAAUGAGCGGUCUGCUUAGGCUUUUUUCCUUUUCUUGACUUGGGUUGUUUAUUUGACUUCGGUAUAUACUAGAUGGAUUGAUAGAUUAGAUCAGGCCGUGUAUAUGGUGUGGUAUGGCAUGUGCUGUUACUGGCUACUGGCUAGAUACUUCGGGUUCGGUGUAUAAAGGGUGUUAUGGAAGGGUCUCGGGUUCUAUGUUUAUGGCUUUUUGUAUUUACUCGAGCUGGGUGGAUCGGUAUAUAUCC